AUGUCGGAACAACCGUGGAUUGAGAAAUAUCGUCCGAAAUCUUUGAAAGAUGUUGCCUCCCAAUCUAAUACAACCAAUAUUCUAGAGAAAUCGUUACAUACGGCAAAUUUACCACAUAUGCUCUUCUAUGGGCCUCCAGGUACAGGUAAAACAUCGACGAUUCUUGCACUGGCCCACGAGUUGUACGGGCCAAACUUGAUUUCUUCCAGAGUCUUGGAGCUGAACGCUUCCGAUGAGAGGGGGAUCUCCAUUGUACGUGAUCGAAUUAAGAAUUUUGCCAGGUUGGCAGUCUCCAAUCCUACCGCUGAAGAUAGGGAGAAAUAUCCAUGUCCGCCAUACAAGUUGAUUAUUCUAGAUGAAGCGGAUUCCAUGACAUCUGAUGCGCAGAGUGCAUUGCGUAGGACAAUGGAAAAUUAUGCCAACGUCACGAGAUUCUGCUUAAUCUGCAACUAUGUCACAAAGAUCAUCGAUCCAUUGGCAUCGAGAUGUUCAAAAUUCAGAUUCAAGAGCUUGAAUAAGGAGUUAGGGCUGCAGAGGUUACGGUAUAUUGCCAAUCAGGAAAACUUGGGAAUCGGAGAUGAUGAAUUGAACGAAAUCUUGGAUGUGUCGGAAGGUGAUUUGAGAAGAGCUGUUAAUCUAUUGCAAUGCGUAUCGACCGUUUUCAAUGAUUCCACAAAUUUGAAAAUCAAAGAAUUGUUUGGUGAGUUACCUGACUCGUUGAUUAAAGAGACCAUCACCGUGCUGAAAUCAAAGAAUUUGUCACAAGUAGCUAAAUUCACAGAGUCUUCACUCAUUGCGCAAGGAUAUUCGGCUUCAUUUGUCUUGUUGGGAAUUCAUGAUGAAUUACUCAUUAAAGACCCAACACUAUCUACACUACAGAAAAACCAGAUCUCACAGAUAUUGUGGAAGGCCGACAUGAGGGUUUCCAAUGGCUGCAACGAGAGUGUACAGAUAUUGAAUUGCAUGUACAAUUUAUGUAAUGUGCUAUAG